AUUAGUACAGUCUUAUCUGCAAGAACAUAUUACAAUGUCUGGAAGAGGAAAGACCGGCGGGAAAGCGAGAGCCAAGGCUAAGACUCGCUCCUCCAGGGCAGGACUGCAGUUUCCUGUCGGCCGUGUCCACAGACUGUUGCGGAAGGGAAACUAUGCUCAGCGUGUCGGUGCUGGAGCCCCGGUCUAUUUGGCCGCUGUGCUCGAGUACCUGACUGCUGAAAUCCUGGAGCUGGCCGGGAACGCCGCCCGGGACAACAAGAAAACCCGAAUCAUCCCGCGUCACCUGCAGCUCGCUGUGCGCAACGACGAGGAGCUCAACAAGCUGAUGGGAGGCGUGACCAUCGCUCAGGGAGGAGUGCUGCCCAACAUCCAGGCCGUGCUGCUGCCCAAGAAAACCGAGAAGCCAGCCAAGAAGUAAAUCACUCGGACGCCGCUUUUAGAUCUUAUAAACCCCCAAAGGCUCUUUUAAGAGCCACCCACUUUUUCUAUAAAAGCGCAUCAAAUCUGUUUAAGUUUAUUGUCUGAAUAAUAUCAAACUGAGAAUUGCAGCAAUGAAUAGUUUGGUGUAGCGUUACCGUGUAUCUGUUAGUAGCGAUAUCAAACACAGGCCUUGCCACAGCGGGUGCUGCUGACAUUCCCCACGUUCCUUAGAAAGAAACACUGCGACACGGUAACAACGUACUGGCUUACUUUGAAGUAAACAUUUUGCAAGCCCAGUCCCACGCACGACCAUUCGUUAGGAUUGUAUACCAAGCUGGGUUAUUUUACAUUUGACUUGUGUAUGUCCUGAAUGUGGUUUGAAAUUGUUUCAGAGUAAAAUACAGUAUAAAACCACUAGUCUGAAGCAUUGGAUAAGAAACUGCCAAUAGAUGAAAAAGAGCGGCCAAAAAUAAACAAAGCUCAAUAUUUAAAAGAAAAGGGCGCCAAAUUUAAACUUGUUUUCGUGCUUCUGAAAGUCGUUAAUAUUAGGAUUAGGAAAACUCAAUUUAAUUAA